GUUUCGCGUCAGAUUCAGUAGGUUUUGGAACGCCGCUGAGCGCAGCUGCACAUAUUUAGAAAACGCUUAGCUGACAACAAUAACAACAACAUCAAUUAGCAAUAACAAUUUAAAGAAGAAGCAGAAGAAGAAGAAGCAGCUAGCAUCAUGGCAGUCUUUGGCAUGGUCUCGGCUGUGUCCAGCUUUAUCAAGAUACGCUAUCUGCUGGACAAGGCGGUCAUCGAUAAUAUGGUCUUUCGCUGUCAUUAUAGGAUUACCACAGCCAUACUUUUCACCUGUUGCAUUAUUGUUACGGCCAACAAUUUGAUUGGUGAUCCGAUUAGCUGCAUCAACGAUGGCUCUAUACCCAUGCAUGUGAUCAACACAUUCUGCUGGAUAACAUAUACCUUCACGAUACCCGGUCAACAGCAUAGGCAAAUCGGCACCGAUGUCGCCGGCCAUGGUCUGGGCAACGAGUAUGGCCAGGAGAAGCGCUAUCAUAGCUACUAUCAAUGGGUGCCCUUUGUGCUGUUCUUUCAGGGUCUAAUGUUCUAUGUGCCCCAUUGGAUCUGGAAGAAUAUGGAGGAUGGUAAAAUACGAAUGAUAACUGAUGGCUUGCGCGGCAUGAUCUCAGUGCCGGAGGAUUAUCGAAAGGAUCGACAGGAUCGCAUCAUUAAAUACUUUAUGGAAAGUCUUAACACGCACAAUGGCUACUCGUUCGCGUAUUUCUUCUGCGAGGUGUUGAACUUUGUCAAUGUGAUCGUCAAUAUCUUUAUGGUGGAUAAGUUUCUGGGCGGUGCUUUUAUGUCCUAUGGUACGGAUGUCGUCAAGUUCUCCAAUAUGGAUCAGAAUAUGCGUUUCGAUCCCAUGAUUGAGAUCUUUCCCAGGCUGACCAAGUGUACAUUCCGUAAGUUUGGUCCAAGUGGUUCCCUACAGAAACACGAUACACUCUGUGUGCUAGCUCUGAAUAUACUCAAUGAGAAGAUCUAUAUAUUCCUGUGGUUCUGGUUCAUUAUAUUGGCCACAAUCUCGGGCGUGGCUGUGCUCUAUUCCCUGGUGGUUAUCAUGAUGCCCACCACACGCGAGACGAUCAUCAAGCGCUCCUAUCGCUCGGGUCAGCGCAAGGAAAUUGCCGGACUAGUGCGGAGUUUGGAGAUUGGCGACUUCUUGAUCUUGCACUUCCUUAGCCAGAACCUGAGCACACGAUCGUACGGCGACAUGCUGCAACAGUUGUGCGGCUUGAUGGCCGCCUCGCGCACACCCUCUGCCCCCUCGACGCUGGAAAUGAAUCCCAUUAGCCAUUCAAUUUAUCCGCCCGCCGAGCUGUUCGGCGGCAAGGAGACCGAGACAUAGGCGCUAUAGCAACUAUUUGGCGCUAAUAUACAAUUUCAAUGAUUUCUCAAUAAUAUUUUGUAGCCAGAGAUGUGACCAAUUCGAAGGUGUUUUUUUCGUAGUAGGUGUUCUAGGCUUUUAGGCUUUCUAAUAUAAUAUACUAAUAUAUAUGUAUGUACAUCUCUAAGACUGUUUUUAAGUGGAAACAUGGAAUUUGAGGAAACGUCAGAAAAAAACAAAACGAAACAAAUAUAAAAAAACAAAAAGAAUUCUUUAGCAAAAUUUUAACGCCUAUAUAAAACAAAAGCCCUUAGACACACACUUAGAGAGAGAAAGAGAGAGAGUAUGAGAAAGUGCAAGUUAAAUGAAAGAAAGAGAGAGAUAGAGAGAGAGACACUCAAACACACAUACACACACACACACACACACUCACAGGCAGACCGUGCAAUUUGUAGGUUGGAUUUGUGGAACGAUAAUGAAUAUUAAUUAUCCGAUAUAUGCUUAUACUACUACCUAAUACAAAAUUGUAUCCGUAGUAUAAAGUUAACAAUGAUGCGCCAUUUAAAUAUAUACAAUUUAGUUUACCGCUUAGCUCUAUAGUUAUUUGCUCUUUGAUCAAGCCAAGAUCGCAGCUCACGAAACGUUGAUCCAUAUAUAUAUAUAUAUAUAUAUAUAUGAUCUAUAUAUAUAUAUACACAGAAGAGACAUACUUGCAACUAAAUUGUAGUAAUCGAAUGAUAAACAACAACAUCAACAACAAAUUAUAAAAAAAAAAAACAGCAAAAUGCUCUCGCUAUUUUUGUCUUAACGUUUAGUAUACAC